AGUUGUUCUUCCGUUCAGAGUAUGAUUAGUUUUUCUUAAGAUUGUUUUAUGAUGGAAUAUUAUAUUGAUGAAAUUAAAAAUUAAAAUUCGAGAACUAGCAGAUAAAACAGACGAAAAUGAAUGAACAGAUAAAAAGAACAAUUAAACUGUUUUUCUUUAUACUGGUGGCUAUCAGUGCAGAACUUCAGGCGGCAAACCAUCCAAAUCCAACGAAAUCAAUUCGUCAGUUUAAACCCGAACAAAAAACAUGUAAAGUUCUUUUAAAUCACACAAGUGCUCAGAAGCUUGUCAAGUCCUUCAAUGUAUUUCAGCCAGACUUUGCUAGACUCCAGUUACGUUUUUUCAACAUUUCCCACGUUGGCUACAGGAAUGAUGUUAUAAUGCCAUUUGACUGGGUGUGGACGUACUACACAGUACAUGGUCUGUUCUCGUACCUCAAGUGGCCUUUGGACUUCGCACUAUUGUCCUUCGGUCUCCUCGGUGCAAAGAUAUUACCAGAUGGGCACUAUCUCGAGUUGAUAGCUGUGAACGCAUCUAACUGCACACUUACUAUUGGGGAACUUGAAACGACCAAACAAAUAGCAGAAGCGCUGAAAGAUUUUUCUCAUAGUUACAUCGAGAAAAGCCGCAAUGAGAAAGGUUUAGAUUACUCCUACUGGUGUUAUUUGGCCGAAAUCCCUGGUAUCGAAGAGACGAUGAAAUAUAAACUGAGAAUAUAUACUGGCUAUCCGUUGUCAACUGCAGGGUAUAAUUGUUGCCAUACAAAGCACAAUAUCACUAAUGCCAGUGAUAGUUUUGUGGUAUGCAAAAAUAAGCAAUACACGCAAAGCAUUGAAAGCUCUCUCAUACCAUUUGCAAUGAGUUUGGUUGCUUUUACAUAUUUUCCUAUUGCAUUAAUGAAAGCAAGCAAGCGCCUAGUAAAACUAAACACACGUAUGCAACCUCGAAACAACGACCAGAAUCGGUACAUAAGUGUUGAAGAAAAUCCGGACUUAACUUCGAACGAAACGGAUGAAGGAGAUUUCGUUUAUUUAGAUGGUACGGCUCCAAUAUGUUUUACAAAUAUAGUCAGUGGACUCUUCGGUUUUAGCAGAAAGUACCCAUAUGCAGCUUCUAGAAUUCGUAGGGCGCUCUUUGUCUCUCUUGUGCCUAGUAUCAUCUACAUUCGGCUUCUGGUGUACAAUAAAUAUCUGAAAACGGACACGAUGGCAAUGUUGAAGCAUAAUUGUCCGCUUGGAUAUCUGUCUAUGCUUUCAGGAUUCGAAAAUAGCAGAAAAGUUUUCCUACCGGCUCUUGGUGGUCCAUACUGUCUUCUUUUAGCCUAUUACAUUGCAAGCGUGAUCUUUGUGAUUCUGCCUUCCGAUAUCGAUAGCAUAUUUGAGUUAGGAUCAGAACGCAAUUAUUCUUUUUUGUAUUUUUCUCCCAUGUUCAGUCUGAAAACAUUAGAAAAAUACUCCCACAGAAAUAUAUUGCGCAAAUAUGGAUAUACAAAAGUAAGCGCUAUAUGUUCUGGCGGUGUUUUCAUGUUAACAAAUCCAAUUUUCUGGCGCGAUAUGUUUCAGGUGCAAUUUCAUCGGCUGGUGACCGUGUUUGUGUCAUUAAAACAUGUGUUCAAAAAGUGUUUUCCAUUAUGCAUAAUGUCAUUUGUUGUCCUUUGCCCAAUCGUGCUAGUAUUAUUCGUUUUUGAAAUAAUGAUAGUGAUUAUUCUCUAUGGUUUUCCAGUGUUUAACUGGAUGUAUGUGGUCGUUAAAAGCUACACUAGAUUUAUCGUCCAGUUGUUCCAAACGCAACCUGUUCUUUCCAAAUUGGGUCAUUUCAUACUCCUGAAAUCAGUUUUCAGCAUUUUAAUAGGCAUAUUCUUUUUGUACUAUGUAUUCAGUUUUUGUACAAUAUUUACGUACACGUUUGGGUUUCUGUCUAGGAUAUGUGUAUUUAGUUUUCUGGCGAUUAUUGUAUAUCCUUCAACCUCGUUUGGCUACCUUUUCUUCGGAAUUGUACUUGUGUAUUACAUUUUCAAAAUGAUAACAGGUUUUGGUGAAGGGUAUGUAGAGCUUCUUUCUGAAGCAGUCGAAGCUAGUACAGAGUUGGAAGACGAUCCAUUCAGGGCUCAUGUUUUAGAUGGUACCUUAGUCAUAUCCGAUACACAGUUCGGAGGUAUACGUAAACUUCAGAUUGGUUCAACAACAAUCGAGUUGACAAUACAGCAGCAAAACAUUAUUCAAGGUCGACUUGCCUCAGGGAAAGCCAAAGUAAGACAAGAAAACUAUAAAUCUGGAAUUCCAAAUGAUCUUUUCAUGAAAUUGGUCUACAAAUAUCGCCCAGUUCACAUUCAAGUAGCUCUUGCAGUUGUAAAGCUGAUACUCAUCAUGUCGCUUAUAGCUUUCACGCUCAGCAUCAUAACUACCAAGCCCUUAGGUGCAAAUGAAGGGAUAUCGGAGGUCAUGCAUGUCGUGUUUCUCCUUGCCAUAGGUGCUCUGCCAAGAGUUUUGGAACUCGCAUUUAAUAAUAUGAACCAUUCUGUUCAAAAGGAUAUAAAACUUAGAAAGAUAAAAGCCGACAUUUUGAAGUACUGGCAUGGAGCAGAUGUUGGUUUAGUGGAGGAAAAUCAAAUGAGUAGUAGCAGUGACACCACCCAGUAUUAGUUAUCAAGCCGAAACUAAUAAAAGACCUUCACAGAUCUGUCCCAGAUUAUGGGACUUGGAUUCAUUAAUGAAUAGAUUUCACCCAACACCAUUUGUUUUUUUUUUCUUUUUCACAACACCAUUUGUUUUCGCAAGAUUUUCAAUUGUUAUAUAUUGUAUAUAUUGGUCAUAAAAUGUGGGUGCAGCUUAAAAAUGUUCUUUUGAUUAUACAAAAUUAUUUGUUAUUUGUGUUAUUUUCUGGGCAUUUGCAUAAUUUAUUGUCAAAAUGAAAGUUUUUUUUAAUGUAAACAUUUGUACUACUGCUUGUGUAAUUUUAAAUGUAUGUUUUUGUUCUAUAUCUUUAUACUAGUAUAUGAUAUUUUCAUAAUUAACGUGAAAUUGUGUCUCUUCGGUCUGGAUGUGUUUGUUAAAUUAUAAUUCAUGUAGCCUUCGCGUUAUAAUCAUGUUUACAUGUGUAUAAAUAUUUCUGUCACAAUUUCCUCUUAUACUGCAUGCUUCCACAAUUUUAUUAUGUACUCUUGUUGACUUUAUUCUUGUUGAUAUAUAGCAAUAAUAAUUUUAGUUCAAUAGAUAAAACUAUUAGUAUGUAUUUUUCAGCUUAAAAAUAUAUGGAUGAGUUCGUCUUUGAAAAGACUUCACUGACAUUGUUUUUAACAUUUGCAAACAGAUGUAUACAUUACCACUUGUACUAUUUUUGGGAAUAAAGUUAUAUACCAACAUUGUAUAAUUUAUGUUCAGAUAAAGCAUGUACUCAAAACGAAGAAUUGA